AUGUUUGAUAAGGAGGUGCUGAGGAGCAUUAUGAUGACUUGCAACAUCCUCCAUAACAUGAUUGUGAAUGAUGAGUAUGAUUAUAAUGCUGCAGACAUGUACGAACCAGAUCCCAUGAACACAGCCUUAACAAGAAUUUAUGAAAGGCUCAUGGGGCCAAGUGGAGAACUAUUGGAGCAGGAACCGUUAGUUAGGGAUGGUCGUUUCAUGACCCAUAUGAUUGAUCGAUAUACAGAGAUGCAAUCAUCUUAUAUUCAUGAAAGGCGUCAAGUUGACUUGAUGGAGCAUCUAUGGGAGGUGAAAGGCAAUGACGGUGAAUGA